AUGGCCGUCGCUGCGAAGAAACUCGACGUGUUCACGACCACGAGCGACUACUCCAAGACCUACGUGUUUCACGAGGAAGACCACACGCUUGGCAAUGCCGUGCGCUAUGUCUUGAUGCGCAACCCUGACGUUGACUUCUGUGGCUACACAAUUCCGCACCCGUCAGAGCCCAAGAUGCACAUCCGUCUACAGACUCGUCAAGGCGCACUUGCCGAUGAAGCGCUGCGCUCCGGUCUCACGGACUUGCGCAAGGUGUCGACGCAGAUCGGCGACGCCUACCGCAAGGAACUUAAGGCUUUUAAGCGCAAGAACCGCAAGAAUUAG